CGAAAACAAACAAACAAACAAACAAAGAUUAUUCCAUAUAAGUUUUAAUGUGAGGGGCAUUAAGCGCUCACUAAUUAAUCACAGACAAGGAGGCACUAGGUCCCACUCUUCCCUAGCUAGAUGCUGGCCCCUUCUUACAUGGGGCCCUUUUUAGUUUAUCAUAGGUUGAAAAAUUACAAUCUACUAAGCGACUAUGCCCGUGAAAAGGAAGGGGAUGAGAUCCUGAGUCUCAGAAAACUGAGAAAUUUGCGAUGGGAAUUACGAUAGACAAGAAGGAAAAAAAUGUACUUCCUUGAAAUAGACCUCACAAGGACAGGCAGGUAAUGGCUCGCUCGAAGCUGGAUGGAGGGAGCAUGGGAAAGAAUCCCCUUAUGCUGUGGGACCUGAAGAGUCCCUGGUGGAGUGACAGCGAGAGCCCUAAGACCCUGGCGAGUGGGGGAUGGGGACAUGGAAGUUAGUUCAAAGUCUUGAAGCUGACCGUUUACCUGACUGUGACUAUACCCUUGGAGAAUCAUGCAAGGAUAUAAGAAAUGGCAGGGAAUGAAAGACUGAAUCAAGCCGUUGCCAGAGCAACAGAAUGGGGUGGGUGGAGGACAGCGACUUAAUUCUGUCUCCAUAGAGGUUGCGCUGGUUGAACAUCAACAUUCCUGCACGCGCCAGGAUGCGACUGCAGAGGUCUGGAGCCAGCCCUCGGACACAGGUUAGCCCCUAAGCUUUCUGAUCUCUAAUCCUGCCUGCUCUGAACUUCAUAAACCGAAGACUCGUCCCUGAACCUAGGGUGCAGUUCUCCAGAAUUUUCGGGGUAAGGAAGAGGGGGUAGCUGAGCUGAGGGAGCGGGUUGGCCCGGGCCUCAAGCCAUGGCGCCCAAGAAGAAGCGCGGGCAAAGCGCUCGCAAGCAGGCGAGCGACAAUGCAGAGGCCCCGCUCUCCGAGCGCGCGCAGUACCUGCAGCGCGAGUACUCGCUGCUCUCAGAGAAUCUAGUGGCCUGUGAGAAGCGGGUGGACCAGGUGCUGCAGGACAAUACGUUCUUGAACGAAGAGGCGAAGCGCUUGCGCGAAGAAAACCGGCUUUACGCCAGUUAUGUGAGCGCGCACGCGCAGCGCUGCGCCAACACCAUCGUGCGCCUCGAGGACCAGAACCGCAUGGACCUGGCGCAGAUUCGGUGGCAACGAGCCGAGCUGGCGUCGCUUUACCUCGGGCGCGAGGACGGGGUGCGUGCACAGCUGCUGGAAAUGAAGAUGCGCGCGGAAAACAUGGCACAGCAGGUGCAGGAGCUGCAGCCCUACAAGGAAUUGCAGCUGGAGCAACUGGCGCGAAUCCGGACCCUGGAGCGUGAGCUGCUGCACAUGCGCGUGGAGCACACGCAGCUCCUCCACCGGGUGAAGCGGCGCUUCCAGGAGGACAAGUCUGCUUUUGAGCGCGAGGCGCGCCUGCAAGUGCAGUCCCUGACGCGCCGCUCAGAGCGGGAGGCGGCGCGUGCCCUCAUUGCUCACACACAGGGCAUCAGGGCCGACAAUGGGCGUCUCCGACUUGAACUCCUGAGGCUUAUCAUCCGGGCCCAGGUACUGCAGGACUUGAAACUACAGCUGAAAGAGCAGCAGGAGCAGCUGCGCCGGGAGCACGCAGACGUGCGGAACCUGCAGUGUGUGCACGGCUGGCUGCACCGGGGUCCCGGGGGGCCACCACUCUGGCAGCCGCCCCAAAUCCACCACCCCCACUUGCGCAUCGGGUCACUUGCCACCGUGUUGGAAUCAUCCUACACAACUUUAGGCGCUAUAGCCCAAUCACGUGUGGCCUCCCGGGCCCCGUCGUUGGCCCAGUCACACCGAACCUCCCAGACUCCUUCUGUAAAGUCUUUUGAGUCUUCUCAGCCCCGGUCUCGGAAGGCUGGGUCUGUGGUUGCUCUCCUGAGUCCAUCACGUCCUGGAUCCCGGCCCUCCUCUCUGACUCCCUCGCACCCGGGCUCGCGGAUCUCGUCCCUGACCCGGUCACGGAAGAGCUCCGGGGUUCCAUCCCUGGCUGUAUCGUCAGCUACUUCUGUCUUGCAGCGCAAGAGCUCUCGGAUCUCUCCACAGCCUUCCUUGCGUGAGUUCUCUCAAGAGACUGACAUCUCUGCGAAGUCUAGCUUCAAGCUCCUCCCCGUUCUGUCGCAGGAUCGAGUCCCUCUCAGCCCACAACCGGAGGAGACAGCAAACACUGAUGAGGAUGCUACAGAAGGUGUCUUGGGGCAAGCCUAAACCCACGGCAGCGGGGAGGCCACUAGGACUAUGGGGUGGGAGAAACAUACCCUGGAAAGCUUUCUUGGUACAUAAAGAUGUUAAUAGACAUGUAAAAUAAACCCCAUGAUGGCACCUGCCUGGUUCGCUGCCCCUGUAUUUCAGGUGUGCAGAGGUCUGCCAUGCAUGAUACAAGGGAGCUUGAUGUCUCCUUGUCUGCUGGAAUUCGAUGUCCUUCCACCAACUGCCAACCUGGGUAGGGAGCCAGGGAGGCAGGCUGGGGCUGUGCUCCAGGGAAGUUGAGUAGUGUUCAUUUCAAGGGAAUUUCUGCAGAAGAGAGCAGGUUAUGUCCCAGUCACCACAGGAAAACCUACUGGGACUUUCCCAAUCAUUUAAAAAUACAUAGUUUCCAAUUUAGGGAAGACUGCAAGACUUAUCCAGAAAUUCCUAAUGCCACACAUGUAGACAAACAGGGAUACAGGUUAUGUUUGGGUCUUUGAAUCAUCUGGGAUUUUGCUGGAGACAGUUGUGCCCCUUAAUUUUAAACACAACCCUGUGUGUUUACUGGCUAGAACUUUGGCCUGUUUUUUCUGGUGCUGGGGUUGAACCAGGGCCACAUGGAUGAUAAACAAACCUGAGCUACAUCCCUAGCCCUGCCCACUAUUUCUUCAAGACACAAUCAAAAUUAGGAAAUUCACCCUGGAGAAAAUACUAUCAACAAAAUUAUACUGGCCAAUCAGAUUUCGUCACUUGUCCCAGUGGCGUCCAUAGCUACCUAUGCCCCUUUCCUGGGUCACAUCUUGCAAUCCAUUGUCCUGUCCUUUUAUAUUUGUUUUGCUUUUUGUUGUUGUUUGUUUUGUUUUGAGACAGGGGCUCUCUAUG